CAUACAAACAAUAUCGUCGACUCCCCCUGGCAACACUGCGUCCGUUGAUAGUAACACUGCGUCCGUCGAUAGUGGAUCGAUGGGAUUAUUUUGUAAAUAUGGAGCGUUGGUUUGGUGCGCAUCGUGCGUUCAUUAUUGAGGCAUAUUUCAGGAACAAUAACUCGUACACAAUUGCAAGGGGAAGGUUUUUAGGCGUGUGGAAGACGCACCAAGCUAUUGGGCACCAGAGAAUCCAAAGCAAAAACACGAAAGGCCCCUACAUAGCCCAAAAGUAACUGUGUGGUGUGCAAUGUCGGCUUCGGGAAUUAUCGGUCCGUUCUUUUUUGAGAAGCAACAUGGCAUAGCCCAGACUGUAACUAGCAAUCGUUAUUGUGCAAUGCUUCGGGAGUUUUUGGUAGCUCGGCUACCAGAACUUGAUGGCUUUGAUCAAGAAAAAUGGUUUCAACAAGACGGCGCUAUCGCACAUACAGCCUGAGCAAGCAAGUCGUUCGAGAAUAUUUCGCUUUGGAGACCUAAAUCGGCCAGGUAGGUCUCCAGGUCCCACCCCAUUAUUCGUUCAGAUCCCGUUCGAGACUCCAUAGGACUUAAUCAUUUUAGUUAGGGCUAAAAGUCCAAAUCUGGCAUCAUAGCGCGUGCUAUUGUUAUAUUUGUACUCGUAAAUAAAUCGCGAAAAUAGUAGUACCCUAGCGAAAUAAAUUAGUAUAAGUGCUCUGUAAUAUUGUACUAAGUCUACUAAAGUGAUUGAGUGAUAAAUAAUUUGUAAUACAAUUGUUUAUUUAGCACAAUUCAAAUAAUUGGAUUGCAUGGGUUGUGAUAAGCUGUGGAAUUUCGCUGGUUGAUCUUGGAAUUUGACUGUUUAGUGGAUUACAGUGUUGUCGGCUGGUGUUGUUUACCUAUAGUAGGUACCUAUGACGCGUUCAUCGGCUUACUGUGGCGAAUGCAAUUCUAGGAUUGUUAAGCAGUGCCCUAACUUACAAUGUGUAGAGUGUAAGAAAUGGUACCACUCAAAUUCAUGCACCAAAAUUACUGAGGUGGAAGAGCGUUUUCUAGUCGAGCAGAAAAAACCCUGGACUUGUAGAAAAUGCAAAAGGCUUACGAUGAAUGACCUGAACGACAGAAGGGCAUCGUCUUUAGGCAUAAAUCGACACAACUCCCCCGUUCCUGUAGGAAAGGAUUUGGAUUCAAUUUACUCUCUUCUACUAGAGUUAAAAACCGAAGUAUCAGUGGUCCAUAGUGACAUGAUUGAGAUGAAAACCUCUCUUGAAUUUUUAAAUGGGAUGUAUGAAGAUCAACGUCAAUUAAAUAAGGUUAUGAGUGACAUGAUCGAGGAAACCAGACACGAAAACAAAAAACUGAGGGAGGAAAUGGCAGUAGUCCAAUCGAAAUUGAUGGAAAUGGAAGCCGAAAAAGUCCCAUAUUGUUAAAUCUAUUACCGCUUCUCAUAAGGAAUAAACGAAUUAUUACAAAAUCCAUUAAAAACAAAAUUAGAUACUGGGUAAAAACUAAUUAUAUACUUAUUACAAAAAAAAUAGUAUGGUUCUCUGAGUAAACGAAUACCUGUAUCUGCGCUGCUACAUGUGUAAUAUAUAGCUUUACUACAUUAGAUAGUGCGUAUAUAUCAUUUAUAUUAAUUUUGUAGUGUAGCUUUUUCUAUUGUUGUAGUUUUUGAUAAGAAAAUUAAAUGUUAAAUGUUAUUCAGGGAUACACACAAAUUUUAAAAUUCAUCGUAUCCUCGUCUAACAUUC